AUGAAUACAAACUUUGUUUGGUCAACAACCGAAAAAAGUGAAAAGGCUAUUCUAUAUAAUGGUAACCUUUAUCGAUUAAAACGUGAAAAUCAGAAUGGCUCAUUAAUCUUUAUUUGUACUUUCAAAUGGUGUUUUCGUACCAUUACUUUAAAAAAUGAUGCAAUUAUAAAGACAAAUGGUAAAAAUCAUAACCAUGAUCCAAAAUUGCCUGAAAAUGUUCGCACUAUGCUUUGUGGAUUAAAACGUCGAAUAUUAACUGAUGUAGAUGAACCUGUUACAAAACUUUAUGAAGACGAAGUGAAAAGAUUUGUAACUGGUCCAGUUCCAGUCUUUGACGCGUGGAAAUCAACGUUGUACUCUGUGCGUAAAACAAUAUUACCUCCAACACCAAAAUCGUUAUCAUCAAUCAUAAUUCCAGAAGAUAUGUGUUACAAUAAUGAUAAACAAGAAUUUUUAUUUUGUAAUUCACCGGAACCACACAAAGUUAUCGCUUUUGCUUCAGAACAAGCAUUAAAAUUAUUAAGUAUCAAUCCACACUGGAAUGGUGAUGGAACAUUCCGAACAUCAUCUGCAUUAUUUAGUCAAUCAUAUUAUUUACAUGUAUGGGAUGAAUUUAGUAUGAAACCAAUAGUUUAUUCAUGUUGUCAAGAUAAAUCAGAAGAAUGCUAUCAUGAAUUACUUAAAUCAUUACUUACAUAUGCAACAAAAAAAAAUAUUAUAUUAAAUCCAUCAUCAAUUCUAAUAGAUUUCGAACAAGGUAUGAUUAAUGCCAUUAAUGAUAUAUUUCCACAAGCAUCAGUGAAAGGAUGCCAUUUUCAUUUUGCACAAAAUAUAUGGAAAAAAGUAAAAAAAUACAAUUUAGUUAAAUUAUCCAAAGAAGAAAACAUUCGCCGUCAGAUAGCGAACAUUAUUGCAUUACCUUUAAUACCUACAAAUGAAAUUAAUAAUUCUAUGGAAAAAAUUAUUGACGAGCUAUGUAAUUAUGAUUCAAAAUUAGAUAAAUUAACUGAUUAUGUUAUAAAAAAUUAUGUAGAAGAUGCUCGAUUUUCUGUUCAAAUGUGGAAUCACUUUGAUAAUAUUGGUGUUAGACCACGUACAAAUAAUCAUCUCGAAGGUUAUCAUCGGCAGUUGAAUGCCAGAGUUAGAACAAAUCCUGAUCUUUGGACAUGGAUUAAUGAAGCUAGAUCAUCGGAAGAAUCUGUUAUGUGUCGUUAUGAACAGGAACCAGCACAAAAACGAACAACAAGACGAAGAAAAGGAAGAUAUAUACAAGAUGAUAAUAAACUUAUUAUUGAACGAUUAGGUACAUAUGAUUUACUAUCCUAUGAACCACUUUCAUAUGAUGCUAUAUUAAUAUCAAUUCAAAUUAGUAAUACAUUACCAUUAACAUUAGUCAACAUUCUAAAAAUGAUAUAUGACGUUUAUAUGAAAUAUGUGCACGUAUUUAUACAUUAUUGCACCGAACACAAUGAACAUAUUAAUGAAGAACAAAGAAUGAUUAAUAGUUCAUCAAUAACAUCAUCAUCAGAUAAUACUCUUAUUGAACUUUUUGCAGAAUUAUAUGCACGUACUAAACAAUCAUCAACAUUACCAUGA